CUGGUGGUGGCUGUGUGCUCAGCAAUAGGAAAUGCUUUAUUAGCUGGGAGUGGUGGAGACCAGCCAGGCAGGAAGAGGCAGUAAUAAGAAACAUUUUUGUGACUUCUCCCCCAUCCAGACCACAGAGCAGCUGCCAAAGGGCUGCCUUGGACAGCGGGGUGGCCGAGCCGGGCCCCUGCGGGCAGGGCAAGGGUGACAAUCGUGACAAUCCCUCCCCCAGGGGGACAGGCACGGCCCGGGGAGCCCCCUGGGUGGUGGGAGGGUGGCAGAUCCAUGAAGAUCCUCGGAGCUGGGGCUCAGGAGCGAAGCUGCCCCGGCUGAGGCGGAUCCAGGAGCGGGAUCGUGGCUGGGAGAGCCCCCAGGGCUGGGCAGUGCCAGGGGCUCCGCCAGGACCUGGAUGCUGGAGGAUGAAGCCGUGUGGGGCCGGUGGCCGGGUGGUGCUGGCGCUGAUGACCUUGUCCCUCAGCCUUGCAGCCGAGGAGCUGCUGUGUGCCUGUGACGUGCCCCACUGCAGCCAGCCCAACUGCACGGGCAAGGUGUGCUUCGUCAGCAAGAGGAGGGAGGAGGGCACCAUCACCCAGCACCGGGGCUGCUUCUCCCAGAACAUUCUGGAACACUGCCACACGCCCGUCACCGAGCAGUACGGCAUGAGGUGCUGCAGCUUCCACAUGUGCAACGCCGAGCUGGAGAUCUUCCUGCAAGGAGAAGAUGCCCUGGUAAAGACGCCUUCCCUACCCAACCUCCUCCUGAUGAUCUUCGUCCCUCUGCUCUCCCUCCUCGUCCUCGCGGCGCUCACGGCGCUCUUCUGCUGGAAGCUGUCCCAGCAGCGCCACAAGCACAGCGACUUUGGUGACACAGACCUCAUGCUGAAGGCAUCCAUGAUGGGAGACAGCACCUUGGAGGACCUGCUGAACGACGACUGCACCACGGGCAGCGGGUCUGGGCUGCCCUUCCUUGUCCAGAGGACGGUGGCACGGCAGAUCACCCUGAUGGAGUGUGUGGGUAAAGGGCGCUACGGCGAGGUGUGGCGGGGCGUGUGGCACGGCGAGAGCGUGGCCGUCAAGAUCUUCUCCUCCCGGGAUGAGCAGUCGUGGUUCCGCGAGACGGAGAUCUACAACACCGUCCUCCUGCGGCACGACAACAUCCUGGGUUUCAUCGCCUCUGACAUGACCUCCAGAAACUCCAGCACGCAGCUCUGGCUCAUCACCCACUACCACGAGAACGGCUCCCUCUACGACUACCUGCAGAGGACAGCCCUGGAUGUGGACACCUGCCUGGGCCUGGCCUCCUCCAUCAUCUGUGGCCUCGUCCACCUCCACGUGGAGAUUUUUGGCACUCAGGGCAAACCUGCCAUCGCCCACCGGGACCUGAAGAGCAGGAACAUCCUGGUGAAGAGCAACCGGCAGUGCUGCAUCGCAGACCUGGGGCUGGCCGUCAUGCACUCCCAGGGCAGCGAUUACCUGGACAUUGGCAACAACCCCCGGGUGGGCACCAAGCGCUACAUGGCCCCGGAGGUGCUGAGCGAGCAGAUCCGCACCGACUGCUUCGAGUCCUACAAGAAGACGGACAUCUGGGCGUACGGGCUGGUGCUCUGGGAGAUCACCCGGAGAACGGUGGUGAACGGCAUUGUGGAGGAGUACCGGCCGCCCUUCUUCGACGCCGUGCCCAGCGACCCCAGCUUCGAGGACAUGAAGAAGGUGGUGUGUGUGGACCAGCAGACCCCCGUGAUCCCCAACCGCCUCUUCUCCGACUCGGUUCUGUCGGCGCUGGCGAAGAUCAUGAAGGAGUGCUGGUACCAGAGCCCCUCGGCUCGUCUCACCGCCCUGCGCAUUAAAAAGACCUUGAAGAAGCUCAGCAAUUCCGCCGAGAAGCCAAAACUGGAGCAGUGAGCGCCGGCAACCGGACACCGGAGCCACUGACGGGCGGCGCCGGGGACGGGAUGGCUCCGGUCACGGAGGGGAUUUGCUCGCAGCUUCUGCCUCUCCCUCUCCUUCUUCGAGCCGGCUGAAUUUGCAAGCACGAAAAAAAAAAAUAGGGAAAAAAAACCCCAAACCACCAAAGGAGGAAUCUUCCACCCGGCCAUAAAAAUAUCCAUGGAUCCGUCAUCCGACACCGGCGCGUCUCGCUGAGCCGACAGGGAUGGCAGCUGGUCGCCCAGCCCGAGGGGCACGGGUGGCAGAACCACCCCCAGCUCGAGGGGCAGCGAUGGCAGAACCACCCCCACCCCGAGGGACACGGGUGGCAGAACCACCCCCACCCCGAGGGGCACGGGUGGCAGAACCACCCCCACCCCGAGGGACACCGGUGGCAGAACAACCCCCACCCCGAGGGACACCCACCCCGAGGGGGACGGGUGGCAGAACCACCCCAAACCGAGGGGCACCGAUGGCAGAACCACCCCCAGCCCGAGGGACACGGAUGGCUGAAGCACCCCCACGGGCACCGAUUGGCAGAACCACCCCCAGCCCUUGGGGUACCCACCUCGAGGGGCACCAAUGGCAGAACCACCCCCACCCCGAGGGACACAGGUGGCAGAACCACCCCACCCCGAGGGGCAGCGAUGGCAGAACCACCCCCAGCCCGAGGGGUACCCACCCCGAGGGGCACCGAUGGCAGAACCAACCCCACCUCGAGGGACACAGGUGGCAGAACCACCCCCAGCCCUUGGGGUACCCACCCCGAGGGGCACCGAUUGGCAGAACCACCCCCAGCCCUCGGGGCCCCCACCCAGCGCCGGCUCCACGCGGCCGCGGAGCUGCCCGGACCCGCCCGCCCGGCGCUGGCAGGAAUUCCCCGGCAGAGCCGCGGUGCCCGCUAGAGGAGGGAUGGGUUUCUUUGGCAGAGGUUGGCACAAGGGCAGCACCCCACCUUGGGUCUGCACCCUGGAUUGUGGGGAUCCCAAAAAUGAGGCGCUGCCGGCCAACAGAGUGGUCUGAGCGUCAGGAUGGGGGUCCCGUGGUGAUCCUCCCAGGUCACAGAGUCAUUUGGGAUGACUUUUAAAGUCAUCGAUUCAAGCAGCCAGCGCCCCCCUUGCCAAAGAGGUGCCCUCUUGGCUCGUUGCCAAUAUUUUGGUGUUUUUCCGAGGUGUUUUGGCUCGGCCAGCUUCAUCCCCCGUCGCUCUUCACCAUCCCAAAAUCCACCCGUGCUUGGAGAUGUUUGGACAUGACCAGGACGUUCAGCAGAACCAGCUUUGCCACAUAACUAUUUAAUUAUUAAGAUUUAAUAUAUUUAAUAAAGUGUAAAGCUAUUUUAUCACCUAA